GCUCAACCUGCCCGGUACACCGCCCCCAGCAUGUCAUACUGUACACGCCGCAUGUUCAUCACCAGAGCUUCUUGCGCUCCGACAAACAUCUAACAUCCACCACAAGAGCAGUCCGCCACGCGCACACACUCGGAUCUGCAACAAAAAAACACAACCGGGGACUUUUUUUUUUCGUCUGCACACCAGGAGUGUUGGAGAUCCACAGGUAAUCGCAGUGCUGCUCUGACGUUUGGUCGACAUGCUGGGGAUCUGCGUUUGCCUUUGUGCGGUUUUCACACAUGUCCUCCCUCAGGAGGCUGAGGAGCCUGUGUCCUACACGUGCACAGAAGGGUACGAGUAUGACAGAGUCAGAGAGCAAUGUAGAGACAUCGACGAGUGUGCCCUGUUAGACGAUGCCUGCAAAGGAGGCAUGCAGUGUAUCAACCACUUCGGGGGAUACCUGUGCCUCCCCAAGAGCGCCGUCAUCUACAUCAGCAAGGAGGGCGAGCAGGUACCUCUGCCAGAAGCUGUCCCCCCAGUCCCUCCUGUCAUUCCUGUCUUGCCAGUCCAGCCUCAGCUUCCACGUGUGUUUUCUGGUGACACGAGGGGGUCUCAGUCCAGCCAGACCAUCCGCUGUACAACAGGAUUCACUGCAGAUGAUCAGAACCUCUGCAGAGACAUAGAUGAAUGUGCGACAGGUAGACACACAUGUGGCCCCGAUCAGACGUGCUACAACACCAGAGGUGCUUACACCUGCCAAUGUCAACCAGGCUACCAGAGGAAUGGAGUUCACUGCAUAGACAGAGAUGAGUGUCUCCUGACCCACUACUGCAUGCACAGAUGUGUGAACACACAGGGCUCAUACUUCUGUGAGUGCAACCUAGGUCACAAGUUGGCCAGCAACAACCACAGCUGUGUGGAUGUGAAUGAAUGUGAUGUGCAGAGUCCCUGCCAGCACCACUGCUACAACCUGAUUGGCUCCUUCCUCUGCCAGUGUGACCAGGGCUAUGAACUCGCACCGGAUUCGGUGUCCUGCCAAGACAUUGAUGAGUGCAGCUUCUCCAGCUACAUGUGUCAGUAUCAGUGCAUCAACAGCCCAGGAAGUUACUCCUGUGAGUGUCCAGAGGGAUAUCAGCUCCAGGGAAACAGGUUGUGUCAAGACAUAAAUGAGUGUGAGACGGGGACCCAUAACUGCCAAGAUGAUGAAAUGUGCUGGAACUAUUACGGAGGCUUCCGCUGUUAUCCCCGAAACCCCUGUGAGGCGCCUUACGUCAAAACCUCUGAAAAUCGCUGUAUCUGCCGGUCUCCGCCCGAGUGCCAAGGCCCUCCGUCUAUUGUCUACAAAUACAUGAGCAUUCAGGCAGAGCGUACAGUGCCAGCAGACAUCUUCCAGAUUCAAGCCACCAACAUCUACACCAACACACACAACACCUUCAGGAUCAAAGCUGGCAAUGAGGCAGGAGAGUUUUUCCUUCGUCGUUCCAGCAAUGUGAGCGCCAUGCUGGUGCUAACCAAGCCUCUGACAGGCCCCAGGGAGUAUGUGGUGGAUCUGGAGAUGAUCACUCAACAUCUGACCAUGAACUACCGUUCCAACUCACUGCUGCGGCUCACCGUCAUAGUCGGGCCCUACGCCUUCUGAGCACCACAAUAACCAGCAGCCCAAAUAACUCUGGGUCAGCAAACACAGCAGUGUAACACAGCAGAUGCCAGCAAAACAUACUGUUCAUUUUCAUGCAAUACAAUAUGCAUACAACAUAUAGCACAGGCAGACUCAUACAGCAUCACAGCAGUUUCAAUAGGCUUGACAGACCAGUCCACGCUGUCAUGUGACCACUGGGCAUCUUUUUUCUCUAGAGGUGCUGGGAAGGGUUGUGAUAAAGUGGUAUGUUUUUUUUUUUACUGGUUAUGAAAAAGACUGUUUAUUCCUGAUGCCUCUUCAUGGCCUAGAAAAGCAAACCAGACCAUCAGCAGGAACACAUAGUAAGAGUAAUAUUUUAUGCCCAUCGCAGCUGCCACAGAUUUAGAUCACAGUGGAGCGUUUUCCAGCAUGCAGACUGAAAAAGUCUUUAAUGUUUUUAAACUUUUUAUUUCAGAGAAUCACAGAAAGUAGAUUUAAAGUUAGAGAAUACUUUGCAGGCAUGUACAGGACAGGAUCAGCAAACAGGUAAGACCAAUCCAAGAGAUAAAAAAUGAUCAGUACAAAAGUAUAGUCCCUCAAAGUGGCUUUGACAAUCAAAUAAUUUCACUCCAAACAUCCAAGUCCAAACAUUUCCUACUUUAAGUACCUGAAGUGGAGAUUUUUUUCUCUCCUUUUGUACAAAAACCAACUGUAAACAGAGUGAUGGCACUCGGAAAAAAAGAGGCCUAGUGGACACAUAUCCUUUUAGGGAUUUAUCUUUGACGCAGUUUUACUUUCAUUCAACGCUUCUGUCAAACCAGCACUGCUUACAGUAAUCUGUGUGCAUCAGUGGAGCACUCUGUUGUAGGAAAAUCUUAAUUUUUAUAUAAAUGUACAUGAAAAAUAUUCAUUAUGAGCAGCUUUUCACCUUGUAAAUCACAGCCUCUGUUGAUAAAUGUCAUAGAGUAUAGAACUGCUGCGCCACACUGUUCAUGCAACUUUCUGUAUAGUUUUACUCAUGAGUAAUAAUUUCCAGAGAAGUCCAGAACAGUUCAGAAGUGUAAAGGGAGUGAAUGUGCCAGCAAGUUGAGCAAGUACUAAACUUUGUAUGACAACAGGCUUGAUGCUGGUAGACUUCACUCACAGGAGUUAAGUCAUGUAUAAAAAAAUCUAUGUGUGUGUGUGUGUGUGUGUGUGUGUGUGUGUGUAUAUGUUUGUGUGAGUGUGUGAGUGUGUGUGUGCCUGGCUUUGUUUAUGUAUGCAAGUGAAAGUGCAAAGAGAAAGUGUGAGAAGGAGUUUGUUCUCUUGCCCUCAUCGGACGUGGUUGAGCUGUUUAUACGUUUCUUUGAUGCCAUCCCUCGAUCCAGAGGCAUUAACAGAGAUUUGUGGAGUCGAGAACACGCAAAGGAAAUAACUUUCACAACACCUCUGCCAAUCGACUGCUCGCUGGUGCCACUUUGAUUCUCCAGAGGAACAACCCGACUUUCUUAUGUCGGUCCCAGUCUGGAAGUCACACUGGCACCAGGCUGGCUUGCGUGAUAAACAUAAUUACAGCUCUUUACCCUGUAGCUGGUUCAUGUGUGACACAGGGGAUUAUUAAAGUGUUAAUACAAUGCCACCACACUUUUGGCAGAAUGAGAAAUCUUUCACUACCUGCUUUGCCUUUCAUGACUCCACGUGUCUGCUCUGGCGAAUUUCUGAAACACUUUACACUGUAGACACACAGCACUGAAAAACCACAUUAAAUUCCAACAUGUUGUCACAUUUUUUAUGUGCAGAAAGUGAUCCAUAGUUGCCUUUAAAGUCUUUCAUGUGGUUUAAGCAGUGAGCAUGCCAUGGUGCCUUAGAGGUGUAGACACAAAAAAUGUACACUAAUCUUAUCUCAACUGUCAACUUCCUUCAUUUAAAUGCCUUAAUGUUUCUCUCUUCUAUUUAAAAUAUAUUUUGUCAUACGUAUCUUAUAUUGAUUGUACUCUGAAGAGCUAAAGUUAUGUUGUUGAAUAAAAUUUGAUGGAUAAAUGGGG